AUGGAUUAUGAUGUUGAUGAUCGUCUGGAACCAGAGUCGUCACAUCAAAGAGAGUGUAAAUCACACCGUAAAGCUUGUGAUAAAUCAUGUGAUCGCAAAGGACCUAAUUUUAAAGCAGCAUCCUACUCUGAUGUCAAGUAUUAUCCCAACAAUGAGGAUGAAUAUGACCGCUAUAAUGAGCCCUAUCACCAUGAUGACAGAUCUCACCUCUAUCAUGGUGUCUCUCCAUUCAAGUCAAGUCACCCAGACCACAGUGACGAAUAUGGCCCAAUGAGGCCCAACCGACCAAAUAGCCCAAGCGCUCGCCAUGUUAGCCGCUACUCUGGAAGAGAGAGGGGACGGUCUUCUGAUUACAGGGAUCGCCAUGAUGAUUACCAGGCAUCACGCUAUGACUGUGACAGAGAGAGAGGUCGGGGAGACAGAUAUCCAUCUGACCGCCAACAUUCCCCCCACCUAGAUCCUUCCUUUGGUAAAUCCUCAGCGCUAGAGUACUACCAUGGUCCCAAACCAACUAUCCCUUACUUCAAAUCCGAGGACCCUCUUCCAACCCUGCUUGAUCUGGCUGACUGGCUUGAGUACGAAGUACGAGUUCAAGUUAGUGGAGAUCAAUACAGCAGUACCUCCAAUAGAGAGAGACAAGUUCCACCCAAGAGCCGACGUCCUGACUACAAGUCACAAAGAUCUACAGCGAUUCUACUUGGCAGUCAGUCUCCUCAGUCAAAGAUGAAAUCAGAUAGGACUCCAGCUGUGAGAGAGCUAUCUCAGGACAAGCCAAAGAAAUACUGUCCCUUCUGCGAUACAGAGCUUCAUUAUUUGAACCAGUGCAGCAACUUCAAAAUCCUGUCAGUAGAGCAGAGGACAGAGUGGAUUAAAGCAAACAGACGAUGCUGGCGUUGCGGACGGGAACAUCAGGCUGCCAGGUGCAAUCUCAAAGCCAAGUGCAAACAAUGUGAUAGGAAGCAUCUGGAUAUCCUGCACGAGGUUAAUGCCAGCCAACUGAGCACAGCACCCGUCGAACCUCAACCACCUCAGCCGAGCACAUGCCUAGUGAGUUCUGUUUCAGAGACACUGUACGUUGAUCGGCCAGCCAGAAACAAUCAAGUGUUACUCAAGUUGUGCCGUGUCAUACUCCAGAGCGGUCCAAAGGUACUGGAGACCUACGCAAUCCUGGAUGAUGGAUCAGAGCGCACAAUACUCCUACAUGAUGCUGCUCUUAGCCUGGGUCUUCAAGGGAAGCCUGAAGACCUCACACUUCGUACCGUCCGGCAAGAAGUCUGCACCAUUAACGGUGCCACUGUCUCCUUCUCAGUUGCUCCUGCUUCACAGCCUAGUAAGUCAUACCAGGUCAACAAAGCUUUCACAGCCAAACAGCUAAAUUUAUCCUGCCAUACUUACCCAGUUGAAGUUCUGAAGGAAAAGUAUCGCCAUCUCAGAGACGUUCCACUGCCAUCCAUUAAAGGUGCCCAGCCAUUGCUGCUGAUAGGGUCAGAUUACCCACAUCUAGUUACGCCAGUGGAACCAGUACGUCUCGGUCCACCAGGUGGGCCUGCUGCAGUUCGUACCAGACUAGGAUGGACUUUACAAGGCCCCACAAGUCUGUUAUGCCAUCAACUGUCUCCACAACAGUGCCUCUUCACUAAGUGCAAUCCACUGGAAGCAGAGCUUCUAAGUCAUGUGGAAAAGUUGUGGCAGUUAGAUACGCUGCCAUACAGGAGCGAACGGUUGAUUACCAGGUCAAGAGAAGAUUUGGAGGCAGUUCGCAUACUAGAAGAUAAGACCACCAGAGUAAUGGUUGAUGGUGUGAACAGGUAUGCUACGCCAUUGUUAUGGAAACAGGACUUCCCACCUCUCCAUGCACCUAAAGAAGCUGUCUUACCACAGCUGCGUGGGACAGAGAAACGACUGGUGAAAGACCCGGAGAAAGCUACCAUUUACUCCAGAGAAAUCCACAAGCUCAUUGAUGCUGGUUACGUCAAACCUAUAACCCCAACCAAGGCAAAGGAGAGCAACUAUUCAUGGUUUAUUCCACACCACAUUGUUCAACACAAUGGGAAGUACAGAAUAGUCUUCAACUGUUCCUUCAUCUUUAUUGAGCAGAGCAUCAAUAAUCACCUUCUUCCUGGGCCCACACUUGGAGCCAGUCUUCUGGGAGUAAUCCUUAGGUUCCGAGAGCACCCCGUGGCUAUCAGCAGUGAUGUGAAGGGAAUGUUUCAUCAGGUGCGCCUGCUGGAUGAGGAUAAACCCUUCCUUCGUUUCCUGUGGAGAGAUGUUAAGGUGGACCAGGAACCUACUAUCUAUGAGUGGCAAGUGCUCCCUUUUGGUACAACGUGUAGUCCAUGUUGUGCCACCUUUGCACUACAAAGUCAUGUCCAAAAACACACUGCACCAGAAGAGGAUGCCCGUCAAUCAGUAGAACGUUGUUUCUAUGUUGAUAACUGUCUGCAGAGUCUUCAGUCAGAGAACCAGGCCAAGCAGCUGGUGAAUCGACUGCACACAGUACUCAGGGAAGGUGGAUUUGAGCUCAGAGAAUGGGCCAGCAAUGUUCCUGCUGUCAUCAGACACCUACCCAAAGAAUCAAGGUCAGAGAGCAGCACACUUUGGUUCACACAACAAACAGCUAACCCUCAAGAACGCACUCUUGGAUUGUUGUGGCAGUGUAAGUCAGACACGCUCUGCUAUAAGCAGCACAACCAUGACUGUCUUGAACCAACUAUGCGUAACAUCUAUCGUCUUCUUGCCCAACAAUACGAUCCUCUGGGAUACAUUAUUCCAUAUACGACCAGAGCUAAGAUCAUUGUACAGCGUCUUUGGGACAAGAAGAGAGGUUGGGAUGAUCCUAAUCUCCCUGAAGAUCUGCUCCAAGCUUGGAAGUCAUGGGAAGAAGAGCUUCCCCAGUUGUCCCAGAUCUCCUUACCCAGAUGCUACACUGACCACAACACAGAUCGUAGUACCAUCAGUCAGACCAUCCAUGUGUUUUGUGACGCAUCUGAACGUGCUUAUGGAUCAGUGGCGUACCUGCGUAGUGAUAAUGGGGAUGGAAAGGUACAAGUUGCAUUCGUGGCUGCCAGAUCCAGAGUUGCUCCAAAGAAGCAGCUAUCGAUACCUCGACUCGAGUUAUGUGGUGCUUUAACUGGAGCACAGUUAGCUUCAGUGCUGCUGAAAGAACUCACCAUCAAGAUCCAAAAUGUGAUGUACUGGACUGAUUCCACCACAGUACUCAACUGGCUCAAAUCCAAUUCCUGCAGAUAUAAAGUGUUUGUAGGUACAAGGGUUGCAGAGAUACAGGAAUUAUCAGAUAUCAAAUCCUGGCGCUACAUCGAUUCUGCUUCCAACCCAGCAGACGAUAUCACCAGAGGGAAAACCUUAGCCCAACUGACUGAAAAAAGUCGUUGGAAUCAAGGACCAUCCUUCCUCCUGCAAGCAUCUGACCAGUGGCCUGAAUCAUCAGCUGACCACCUUAUUGAGGAAAUGGAGGAAUUGAGGAACCCAGUAUUCUGUGGUUUAACUAACUCCCCACAACUAACUCUUCCUGACAUUCAGCAGUUUAACACCUUUCAAGAGCUCCUAGAAGCAACUGCAAGAGUACUCGAUGGAGUGGCCAGUGAAAAGUCUCCCACUGCUGAUGACUAUCACAAGGCUGAGUUAGCUCUUUUCAGACGGGCUCAGGUUGAAAGCUUUCCAGAAGAGAUGAUGUUACUCAAAUCGGGAAAGGCUCUUCCAUCUACCAGUAGAGUGCUCACACUCGCCCCUGAAUAUGAUCAGACCUUAGAUCUAAUCCGUGUUGGAGGUAGGCUCCGCCGAUGUGAAAGUCUAGGCCCAGAUGUGCGCCAUCCCAUUUUACUCUCGUCCUCUCACCCUGUCUCCAAACUCCUGAUCCAACAUUAUGACAAACAGCUAAACCACCCUGGAGCAGAGCGUGUUUUUGCUGAGCUGCGAAGAAAAUACUGGCUACUUAGAGGGAGAGAAGCCAUCAGAAAGCACCAGCAUAACUGUGUGGACUGCAGGAAAUGGCGAGGCAGCCCUCAAGUCCCAAGGAUGGCAGAUCUUCCACCCUCCAGUUUGAGGCUUUACAAACCGCCUUUCUAUUCCACCGGGGUGGACUGCUUUGGUCCAAUGAUGAUAAAGGUGGGACGUCGCAACGAAAAGAGGUGGGGCAUCUUGUAUAAGUGCCUUACCACCCGAGCUGUCCAUCUAGACCUCCUCCCAAAUAUGGACACCGAUUCCUUCCUAAUGUCACUUAGACGUUUUAUAUCUCGAAGAGGAAAGCCUCAUGAGAUCCUUUCAGACCAAGGAACUAAUUUCAAAGGUGGAGAUAAAGAACUUAAAGAAGCCUUCAGUACCCUGGAACAAGCAGUGAAGGACCAACUUGCUGCUCAACAGAUUCACUUCCGCUUUAAUCCCCCAAAUGCUCCGCAUUUUGGUGGGUCUUGGGAGCGAGAGGUUAGAUCAGUGAAGAACGCUCUCCGGAUCGCUCUUGGAGUUCAGUCAGUGCCAGAGGAGGUGUUGAGAACAGUCCUUAUUGAAAUAGAGGGUAUUCUCAACUCCAGGCCCUUGGGCUAUGUUUCAUCUGAUCUGGCUGAUCCCGAUCCAGUCACGCCCAACUGUUUGUUGAUGGGGCGGCCGGACUCCUCCCUUCCACAAGUGGUCUAUCCCAAGUCUGAACUUUUAAGUCGAAAAAGGUGGCGACAUUCUCAGGUUUUAACAGAUCACUUCUGGAAGUAUUACAUCCGCCAUUUUCUUCCGACAUUACAAGCCAGACAGAAAUGGCAAACAGAAAAGGAUGACAUCACUGUAGGCACUAUAGUGCUGAUUGUUGACCAACAGACACCAAGAGCCCUCUGGCAAGUAGGAACAGUGAUAAGUGUCAUACCCGGAGCAGACGGACGCGUGAGGACAGCUGUGGUUCAAGUUAAAGGCAGGACCUACACUCGGCCAGUUGUUCGCCUCAUAAAGCUGCCUGCUCUACCUCCAGAUGAUUAAGACACCUACUGGUCAAAUUUGAGUGUCAAAUUUGGGGGCGGCUGUACAAAAGACUGUUAAUUAUUCGUUUUCAGCCUUCUAGUUUAGGUUUUCCUUAUCAGUGUUUUAGAUGUAGUAUUUUAUUUCAGCCACUAGGUGGCUCCACGUUCAUAUAUGUUACAUCUUGUAUAUGGAUCUGAGCAUUGAGUGGUGCGGCUCUCAAGGCUGACUUCGUUUACUUCCUUCUAUUGUGUGCGUCCAAUGAACAAAACCACACACACACAGAUACACACUCAUGUGAGCCCAUCACACGUGCCUUUAUCUGUAUGGCUGAACCUCAUGAGCUAAUUAAAAGGAAGUAAAGCUCAAUUCUGGACUCGGACAUUCCUUUCUUUCACUAACUCACCUGGACAUAUAUAUCAGCUGUUCUAACCCGACACCCUGGAGUGAUUGUUUAUCCAUACCCAACAUAACCGAAUCAGCCUCAGUCUUC